AUGAAAUUUACAGGAUCUCCAAUCAAAUUAAAGGUGUCCCAGGGUCAACCCGUCAAACUAAAUUGCAGCCUUGAGGGAAUGGAAGAUCCCGAGAUGUUGUGGAUCAAGGACGGAGCAGUGGUGCAAAGCGUAGACCAGGUGUACAUUCCAGUAGAUGAAGAACACUGGAUCGGCUUCCUCAGCUUGAAAUCCGUCGAGCGGACAGAUUCUGGGAAGUACUGGUGCCAGGUUGAGAACGGGGGGAAGAAGGAAGAAUCACAGCAAGUGUGGCUCAUAGUGGAAGGUGUGCCCUACUUUACUGUGGAACCUGAGGAUGUGUCCGUGUCCCCUAAUGCCCCAUUUCAUAUGGCCUGUGCUGCUGUUGGUCCCCCUGAACCAGUGACAAUUGUCUGGUGGAUGGGAGACUCUAGAGUGGGGCUUCCAGACAUCUCCCCCUCCAUCUUAAAUGUGUCAGGUAUUAAUCAAAGCACAGUUUUCUCCUGCGAAGCUCACAACGUAAAGGGAUUGUCUUCAUCUCGGACAGCCACUGUUCAAAUUAAAGCCAUGCCUCUCCAGCCUCUCAAUGUAACUGUAAGCCAAGUCACCAGCAGCAAUGCCAGUGUGGUCUGGGUGCCAGGAUUUGAUGGCCGUGCACCCCUCCAUUCUUGCACUCUUCAGGUAGCUGAGUCACCAGACGGCCAGGAGGUCUCCACUGAAGUCAGCCCGGUGCCGCCUUUUGCCUACGACAUGCAAGGCCUGAAGCAUUCCACCAACUACAGUGUUCGUGUGCAGUGCAGCAAUGAGAUGGGCAGCUCCCCUUUCACCGACAGGGUUUAUUUCCAGACCCUAGAGCUUGCUCCAAGCAGCACUCCACAAAAUAUCCAUGUUAUCCAAAGAGAUCCUGGUCUGAUUUUGGAGUGGGAAGGUGUGGCUCCAGAUGUGCUGAAAGAAAACAUCCUGGGAUAUAGGCUGGAGUGGAUUCAGGAUAAUGUAACUCAGGGGGAGAUGAUCGUACAGGACACAAAAGCUAAUCUCUCAAUGUGGAAUCCUCUCAAAGACUUGAUCAUCAGGGUGUGUGUGCUGAACUCUGCAGGAUGUGGGCCCUGGAGUGACCUCUUCCUGCUUGAAGCCCAAGAAGUCAUGGGUAGCCAGAGACAGCCUCCUUAUGGGACGUCCUGGGUUCCUGUGGCAUUGGGCAUUCUCACAGCUCUGGUGACAGCUGUUGCCUUGGCUCUUAUUCUCCUUCGAAAAAGAAGAAAGGAAACUCGAUUUGGCCAUGCCUUUGGCAGUGUGGUUGGCAGAGGGGAUCCAGCAGUCCAUUUCAGAGCUGCCAGGUCUUUCAACAGGGAGGGCCCAGAGCUCAUUGAAGCAACAUUGGAGAGUGUAGGGAUCAGUGAUGAGCUGAAGACAAAACUCAAAGAUGUCCUAAUCCAGGAACAGCAAUUCACCUUGGGAAGAAUGUUGGGCAAGGGGGAGUUUGGGUCAGUUCGAGAGGCACUACUGAAGCUAGAUGACGGCUCUUUCCAGAAAGUGGCAGUGAAGAUGCUGAAGGCGGACAUCUUCACCUCGACUGACAUUGAGGAGUUCCUGCGAGAGGCUGCAUGUAUGAAGGAGUUUGACCACCCGCAUGUCACUAAGCUGAUCGGAGUCAGUCUACGAAGCCGUCCCAAGGGCCGUCUCCCAAUUCCCAUGGUGAUCCUGCCCUUUUUCCAGGAACAGAUCUUAAACUGUUAUUUCUUUCAGAACUUGCCUGUUCAGACACUCCUGAAGUUCAUGAUUGACAUUGCCAGCGGGAUGGAGUACUUGAGCUCAAAAAAUUUCAUACACAGGGAUCUUGCAGCUCGGAACUGCAUGUUGGAUGAGAACAUGAACGUGAGUGUUGCAGACUUCGGGCUUUCUAAGAAAAUCUACAGUGGAGACUACUACCGUCAGGGCUGUGCUUCCAAGCUGCCAGUGAAGUGGCUUGCUCUAGAAAGUCUGGCGGAUAAUCUGUACACAACGCACAGUGAUGUGUGGGCGUUUGGGGUGACCAUGUGGGAGAUUGUGACCCGAGGGCAAACCCCUUAUGCUGGCAUUGAGAAUGCAGAAAUCUACAACUACCUCAUCAGCGGGAACAGGCUGAAGCAGCCGCCAGAGUGCCUGGAAGAUGUCUACGAUCUCAUGUGCAGAUGUUGGCAUCCUGAGCCCAAGCUACGCCCUAGCUUCGGAGUGCUCCGGUCCCAGCUGGAAAUGAUUCGGGGGAGGAUGUCCACACUCUCUUCCAGUCAAGAUCCUCUCUAUGUCAACAUUGGGAAGGACAAAGAGGCAUCUGCGAGUGACCCUGCCCUGCACGCCUCCUUCGGAAACAUAGACGGCGAAGAGACCGUUGCUGGGGCAGCUGCUGCUGUCACAAGUGACUAUCGCUACAUCAUGAGCCCCUUGUGCCUUGGAGAUGAUGCUGAGGGUGAAAGGCAUCCAGAUGGGCAGGAAGGGGAGGACAAAAGCCUUCUGUAUGAGCUGGAGACAGAAGGGGAGAAAAGUUGUUAGCCUGUACAUAGCAGUGACACUGCUUCCCUGGGACAGGAUGUGUGCAGCCGCGGUGUCAUGUCACCUGGGACUCUGAUGCCGGAUCUAGAAUGGCUUUGAACAGCACUGGCCAGAGCUCUUGGGCAGCUUUUGUAGCUUUCACCACCUGUGUGGGCUGCAUUGGCGGACGGCUUGGAAGGACCACAACCCAACAACCCCUUGGAUUUGGGGGAGGGGGGCAGUAGGGUUAUGGGUUGAUUGCAUCCCGCUGAAAGGAGUUCAAAGCUAAGACGGUCAGUCAGAGUCUACGCUCUGUUUCUUCCCACUGACUGCUGGAGCAGAGCUGAAUACACGAUCUAUUCAGUCAGUGCUCACUCUUGUGUAGAUGUUGUCUUCGAUCCUGGCUGCGUGAAUUCAGGACUGGUACCUCUGAAAACACUAGUGGAUAUUUACACUCAUUCAGGACAAGAGGGCAAAAUUCCCCUUGUGUUCACUCAGCAGUACAGCCUAGACUUGUUGCCUACCUCAGUGGUUCUCAAACUGAUCUGCAGAUCUGCCUCUACCCAGCACUGAAUUUGAACAUCUGGCUUAUUUCAUGCAGUAAUGCUUGCUGCUCCCUCAGUGCGGGACUCUUAAAAGAGCUUCAGACGUUUUGGUGAGCAAUGAAAUUAGAAAAAAUGAAAAUCCAGCAUCCCUCUUCACUCCAUGUACCUUUUUUAUGACUUGUGUUUUUCUUCUGUUUGAUGCCAAUUCAGGCCUGACCAGAUUUGCAGCUGGCAU